AUGCUCCAUGAAUUCUGGAGAAAUGAAUUGGCAGAAGAUGCGGAGGAUAUAGAUGAACGAAGAAUGCUCCAACUAUAUGAGCAGCGACAAAUGGUACGUCAAAGAGCUCAAAGUUCUUCCAGUAGAACACAGAGGAGAAGAUAUUUGAAUCGGGAUCGUGAAGUUGGACAUGCUCGUCUUUUCAAUGAUUACUUUUCUGAUGAUCUGGUAUAUCCUGAUGACAUAUUUCGACGUCGAUUUGGAAUGCAAAAAGAGUUAUUCCUUCGUAUAGUUGAUGCCGUGAAAAAUCAUUCCGAAUAUUUUCAAUGGAAGGUCGAUGCAACGGGGAAAAAAGUUUUCGGGACCCAAUAUUUAAGAAGACCUAAUGCUGCUGAUAUCCAACACUUGCUUGAAAUGCAUGAGCAGAGACAUGGUUCCCCUGACAUGUUGGGCAUUCUUGAUUGGUCACGUAAUAAUAUCAAUGUGCUUAACGAAUCAUCGUUAUUCAACGACAUCUUACAUGGGAAUGCACCCGAGGAUCCCAAGAGAAAAAUAUUUAAGGAACGACAGGAGGCCGCGAGCAAGGAUGUCGAGAGGGCAUUUGGGGUGCUCCAAUCACGAUGGGCAAUGAUAAGAGGUCCAUGA